GUUUUUCAUUUCUGUGAAAUUUCAGUCUGGCAAGAUGGCGAAAAACAAAUUAAUGUUGUAUUCAUAAAAAACAAACUGAUCUAACUAAUCUCCUUCUAUUCGGGAAUAAAAUAUGGAAAAUAAUAAAACAUAAAUAUAUUCAAUCAAUUAUUAUUAAGAAAAAAUAAAAAUAAAUAUUUCUGUGCGUGCUCCAACAAAUCUAAGCAAGAAAAAGUUCUCACAGCCGUCACGUCAAUAAGAGUGCAAGUGACCCCAACAAAGAAAAAGCAAGAAAAGCGAAAAUAAAAGUGAAUUAAAUGUUAAUUACCAGCUAAGCUAGCAACAAAAACCAUGUUAAUGCAAGAUGAAGUUUUGUUUGUUGUUCUUUUUUCUGUGCUGCCACCACUGAACGCAUAAUUUUGAAAAGCUUUUAAAUUUAUUGCCUGCUGUUGUUUUCGCAGCAGCCACUGUGUUUCUGCUGAUUGUUGCUGCUAUUUCAUCUGCCCAACCCCAGAAAAAUUCGUGUUGUUGGAGGAGUCAGACUCAUCGCAGAAAGUUGGCCGAAAUACUCUGUUGAUUUUCCAUCCUCCCCAACCACCCUCUAAUUAUUGUUAGUCAACCAUAGUUUUUGUUAUUCAACAAAUAUUUAGUGUCAUUACGCUUCAUUUGGCAGCUACCAAACAUCAGAUCGAGUGGAAAAAAGUAACAACAAAUAUACCACAACGUACAACAACAAAAACAAAUUACAGCGUUUCCAAUUGUUGGUCGUCGUUUGCAACGCAACCCAAUGAAAUAUUUCAAUUGUCAUUGUUAUGGUCACGGCAAUUUGCCGUUUCAGCAAACAAACUCUUAUCAGUAUUAAUUGUACCAACGACGACGGAACGACGGUAGUAGCAGUCGGAGCCAGUAGUAGAGCUGCUUUCUCUGCACACAAUAAUUUAAUGGAAAGAGUUAAUAACUUGAUUUUUUCGGCAAACGCAGACUAAUUGAGCAAAGUCAAAUUCGCAUUACCAGUCCAGAUAUUCGCCAGGAACCAUGGAACUAAAAGUUUGGGUUGAAGGCAUUCAAAGGAUUGUUUGUGGUGUCACAGUCAAUACCACAUGUCAGGAUGUGGUUUUUGCAUUGGCUCAUGCCACGGGCAAGGUGGGACGAUUUACUCUAAUCGAGCGAUGGCGCAACAAUGAACGUCUCUUGGCACCAAAUGAAAAUCCCCUCAAGCUUUUGCUGAAAUGGGGCGAAUAUGCCAAUGAUGUGCAGUUUAUAUUGCAGCGUUCAGAAAGUAAACAACAACAACAACAGCAGCAGCUGCAACAACAAAAUAUUUCGCCUAGACAAGAAACACAUCAGCAAAUUAAUAACAAUAACAACAACAACAAUAAUGAAAGUACAACUGUGAUGUCAAACAACAAAAAAGCAUUGGGAUUAAGCAAUCAUCAGCAAGUAAUUGAUAAACAAAAUAACAUCAACAACAACAACAAUGCGAAUUCCAACAAUACAAUUGUUGAAAAUGCAUUGAAUGCAACAACGGCACCCCCACAACCAACGCAACAUCAAAAACCCUUGACCAUGGAAUUGAGCCUAAAUGCCGCCCAUGAACGGGCCAAGGAAUUGAAGAAAACUUUUGGGGUGCAUGAUGCAAAAAGUUUUGAUAACAUUGGCAUUGUUAAGGGUGUACCACAACGCAACAAAAAUAACACCAACAAUGUGGCAACUACUUCCACCACAUCCAGUAUAAUUCCACGACAUGAGAAAUCCCAUUCGAAUCCCAUUGAAAUGCCUUCGUCCGCUGGCGGAAAUUUAGGUGGCAAAGGAAAUGGUGCUUAUGCCGAAUAUAGCAAUAAUAAUAAUAACAAUAACAACAACCACAAUACAUCUAACAAUAUCUAUCAGCAAUUGGGUGCCCAUAAUAGUAAAUCAAUAAAUGAAAUUAAUUUGGCCGAGGUACGUAAUGCCCUGGACCGGCGAACAAUGGCGAGCAAUAAUCAAACCACAACAACGGGCAAUAAUCAUAAUCACAAUAGCAAUAACUCAGGAAUACAACCGAUGGGCGGUAGUGCUGAAAUAAUAUUCACCUCAAAUUUUCAAUCAUCCCCCUCGCCCAACAAUCCUCAUGGUGGCAAUGCAUCAAUGUCCACCUCCAAUAAUUUGGGCAGCAGCAAUGAAAAUCUUCUAGAUAUCUAUAAUGGAAAUGGGAAAUUUGCAAACUCCCCCAGUGAUCUGUACAAACAAGCGCCAGCCAUAUCGGCUAAUGGUGCUUUGGUACCACCACCCUACAGAGAUCCACCGCCACCACGUAAUAGUCCAUUACAACAGCCAGCAAUGAAUGCGAAUGCUUCAAAUGCCCUCUAUUCAAAUCAACCAACACCACAACAACAACAGCAGCAGCAGCCGUUAACGGCGGGAGGAUCGACAGCAGGCAUGCAAUCAUCAUAUCAAUCUCCGGAUUAUGAAUUUGUCGACUAUCAACAAAUAAAUGACUUGGUCUUGCCGGUUAGCAUGGAUGAGAGUGAAAGUAUUUUCCAGGCAACGCAAUACAAUGAUCUAUUGCAAUUGAUUAAAUUUCAAAGAGAGAAAAUCAAUCAGCAGCAGAUGGAAUUGACAAAGUACGAUGCAGAAAUCGUUUAUUUGGAAUCCAAAGAACGUGAUCAGGCUCAGGAAUUGGAAGCUAUCUCUAGGGAAAUAACAAAAGCUGAUCAAUUGUUCAGACAAGGAAGUGAACAGCUCCAAACCCUACAAUAUGUCGAAGAAGAAAAUGAAUUGGUCAAGCAGCAGGAGAAAACUCUCAAGUCUGAAAUUGCAUUGUUGCGUUCAAAGCUGGCUAAUUGUGAAACGGAAUUACUGCAGUGUAAAAAUAAAAUACGCUUGCUAAUGGAUGAUAUUGAAAUUGAGCAGCGGGCAAAUUCCAAACAAAAUAUGAGACAAAAUGUUGAACGUGAUUUCCUAAUGGAAAUGGAGCGCAUACAAAGCGAAAUAGAUCAGGCCAUACACAAUACGGACACAUCAAAUAAAACGGCCGAAAGUUUGAAAAAGGAAAUUCUGUUAAUUGAAAAUGCAAUACAAGAGAAGAAGAGACAGGUGGAACAACUGGUCAACGAAAUGAAAGAAGUUAACUUGCAAAGUUUGACAGUGACAACCUCCGAGGAGAUUAAACAUUUUUUAGAGGGUUCCAAUAAACCUGGCAGCAGCCGUCGCAUAAUCGGAUCCCCAAGGCAAUUGGAAAAUGCUGUACCCACUAGUAAAAAUCCCCAUGGUGUUUGGGUUUAAAUGAUUGGAAGUAAUAAUUCCCGUUCCCGUUUAUACCCAUAUCAACAAUAGACAGAUCGAUUCAAUAGCCAACAAAUGGUAUCUAAUUUAUUUAUUUAUUCUCCCACAACAAAUACUAAAACCUUUAUUCCAUAUCUUUAAGAAGUAACAAUAUUUAUUAUCCGCCUGUUGAACAAAAAAUAUUUAAACCAUAUCAUGGUGGGAACAACUAAAUCAAAAACUGUAUUAAUGACACAACCGAUGACACAAAAUGCAAACAUAUCGCAUCCAAAACAUGGUGUAACUGAUUUACCCGAAAGAAAGUCCCCUUAACAUAACCUAGAAAUGUUAGAAAUAAAUAGCUAAUGGUUCUUUGUUUUUGAAGAAUUUAGAGAAACUACAUUGAAAAUUUAGGGAAUUUAGAUAAAAACACAACUAAAAGGUUUUUCCCCAUUUACUAUUCUUGGCAAAUUUAAUCGUUUGGAAAACUAUAACAAAGUCUUUAUAUAUUGAUACACAUACACACAGCAUGCAGUUUAUGGGUAAUUGAAUGAAAGUCGAUUGAUGUUAGGUUUUUAUUUGAAUUUAAAAUCCGGAAAGGCCGCCUUUCUUUUAUAUUUUUAGGAUGGAAUUUAAAGUCUAUUUUGUUGGUAGAAAAGACUUACAACUCUGUGUAAUACCUUUAAAGGAAAUCCUUUGAGAGGUCAUGAGUUUAUGGUAGAUGUAGAGACAGGUCUUCUUCGAUAGAAAAUAUACUAAAAGGUCUCCUCUUUCUUAAAGACCUCAUGAGGAGUAAUUUACAUUUUAAAUGGUAUCCAGUUUUAAAAUCAUUGAAUAUUGAAUUGUUUAAAAUGUGAAAAAAAUCUUGAUGUAAUUUCGAAUUUUAUUAAUGUUAAUGUUACACAAAAUCUUGAUCUUUGGGGGGGGAGAUACCCAAAUAUGUGGGGAGAUAUUAUAGAGAUCAACAGACCUAAAUCUGGCUAGACUUCAAUUUUAUAUUAAGAACCUUUUACAUUGUCAGCUUUAUUCUUUAAAAAAAACACACACAACUUUUUUAACACGAAAGUGUUUCAAAUUUAAUAUAGUUAUUAUUUUUUAUUUUAUUUUAUUUUAUUUUAUUUUAUUUUAAUUGUAGUUUCUAAGUUUUACUACAGGUGCAUUAUAUUAUGAUAAUGAAAAAAAAAUUACACUGCUAUAGUUUUGUUAAUAGUAUUUUUUAACUAUGUUUUUAUAAUUCUUUUUUAUCUAGUCUUUUAAAUACUUGUAUAUUAUUUCGAAAUCAAAAAAAAAAAAACAUGUUAGAAAAUCUCUCAACAUAAAAAACAACAAACACUGUCAAUCUCACGUUUAAUUGCCAUUAUGCUUUAAUUACUUUAUUUAUAUAUAUUUUAAAUUUAAUUCUUUUGUAUAUUUAAUAACAAAAAAAAAAGAAAAAAACAAAAAUGGUCACUAGAAAACUAGCCCACAAUACAA